AUGAUGGCUCUCCGUGUCGCCGCGCCUCUGACCGCGAAGCCCGCCUCGAGGCCCGCUGCCCGGCGGUCCGUCGCCGCGCGCGCCAAGGCCGGCUCCUCCCCCAUCGACACCUCCGAGAAGGCCGAGGAGAUGAAGAAGGUCCUCAACGAGGGCGCCGAGAUCGCCAAGGUCAAGGCCAAGGAGCUCGCCGCCGAGGCCUCGGCCGCGUGGGAGAAGACCGAGGAGAAGCCCGCGGUGGUGGCCAUCGCCGCCGCGAGCUUCCUCGGCCUCUGGUUCGCCGCGGGCGUGAUCGACUCGGUCGACAAGCUGCCCGUCCUCCCGCCGCUCCUCGAGCUCGUCGGCCUCGGGUACACCGCCUGGUUCAUCUACCGCUACCUCAUCUUCGAGCCCUCGCGCGCCGAGCUCAAGGACCUCAUCACCACCACGUACAAGGAGAUGACCGGGAAGGACACCAAGAAGGCCGCCCCCGCCCCCGCCCCGACCCCGGAGGAGUAG